AUGAACCAGGAGGAACUGGCCGACAAGCUGUGGAGUGGAGCUGUUGCUGCCCAGUACCAACAUAAACUCAAGUCUCAUCUGAAGAAGAAGUUCCAGUGUGUGCUUGAGGGAAUCGCAAAAGCAGGAGAGCAAAGACCUCUGAAUGAGAUCUACACAGAGCUCUUGAUCACAGAGAGAGGCAGUGGAGAGGUCAACAAGGAACAUGAGGUCAGACUGAUUGAAAAGGCUUCCAGGAAGCCAGCCUAUGAGGAAACACCAAUUAGAUGUGAAGACAUCUUUAAACCCUUACCUGGACAAGAUAAACCAAUCAGAACAAUAAUGACAACCGGAGUGGCUGGCAUUGGUAAAACCGUCUUAACACACAAGUUCACUCUGGACUGGGCUGAAGGCAAAUCCAACCGAGACAUAGACUUCACAUUUCUCCUCACUUUCAGAGAGCUGAAUUUACUGAAAGGGAAAGAGUUUAGCUUAGUGGAACUUCUGCAUCAGUUUUCUGUUGAAACCAAAGAAUCAGGAAUCUACAGAUACGACCAUGACCAAGUAGUCUUCAUCUUGGAUGGUCUGGAUGAGUGUCGACUUACUCUGGACUUCCAGAACAACCCGAUCUGGACUGAUAUCACAGAGCCGACCUCAGUAGACGUGCUGCUGACAAACAUCAUCAGGGGAGUCCUGCUUCCCUCUGCUCACAUCUGGAUAACCACACGCCCUGCGGCAGCCAAUCAGAUCCCUGCUGAGUGUGUUGACAUGGUGACAGAGGUGAGAGGGUUCAAUGACGCACAGAAGGAGGAGUACUUCAGGAAGAGAUUCAGAGAGGGGACACUGGCAAGCAAGAUCAUCUCUCACAUCAAGAAAUCUCGAAGCCUCCACAUCAUGUGUCACAUCCCAGUCUUCUGUUGGAUCACUGCCACAGUUCUGGAGGACUUCUUCAAAACAUCCCAGAGAGGAGAAGAGGUGCCCAAGACCGUGACUCAGAUGUACAGCCACUUCCUGAGGGUUCAGUCCAUACAGGGGGACAGGAAGUAUCAUGGGAGAACUAAAACUGAUCCACACUGGAGUUCGGAGAGCAGGGAGAUCAUUGUUUCUCUGGGGAAACUGGCUUUUAACCAGCUGGAGAAAGGUCAGCUGAUUUUCUACGAGGCAGACUUGGCAGAGUGUGGCAUCGACAUCAGAGCAGCCACAGUGUACUCAGGAGUGUUCACCCAGAUCUUUAAAGAGGAGUGUGGGCUGUACCAGGAUAGGGUGUUCUGCUUUGUCCAUCUGAGCAUCCAGGAGUUUCUGGCUGCCCUUUAUGUCUUUCUGUGCUACAUCAACACUGGUGUCAAUCUGAUCUCAGAAGAACAGCCAACCUCCAGGGAAGAGGAACUCCUCCUCUACAAGAGUGCUGUGAACAAGACCUUACAGAGUGAGAACGGACACCUGGACUUGUUUCUCCGCUUCCUCCUGGGCCUCUCUCUAGAGACCAAUCAGAUGCUGCUACAAGGUCUUCUGGGACCAGGAGCAAAUACAUUACUGGGCAAUCAAACUAAAAAAGUCCUGCCGGGACUGACAGGAAGAGGGUCACGGAGCAAUACCCAAAUCGUCCAUUACAUCAAGCAGAAGAUAGGUGGAGAUCUCUCUCAAGAGGGAAGCAUCAAUCUGUUCCACUGUCUGAAUGAGCUGAACGACCGUUCUCUAGUGGAGGAGAUCCAACAGUACCUGACAUUAGGAAGUAUCUCAAGAGAAUCUCUCUCCUCUGCUCAGUGGUCAGCUCUGGUCUUCAUCCUACUGACAUCAGAAGAGGAGCUGGACGUGUUUUACCUGAAGAAAUACUCUGCUUCUGACGAGGCUGUACUGGGGCUGCUGCCAUUGAUCAAAGCCUCCAAAACAUCUCUGCUGAAUGGCUGUGAUCUGUCACAGAGAUGCUGUGAAGCUCUGGCCUCAGUUCUCAGCUCCAACUCCUCUAGUCUGAGAGAGCUGGACCUGAGUAACAAUUAUCUGCAGGAUUCAGGAGUGAAGCUGCUCUCUACUGGACUGGGGAGUCCACACUGUACACUGGAAACUCUCAGGUCAGUUUUACUCAAUGUGCAUCAGUUACACCACAAGGUUCCGUUUCAGAAGACUUUACCUACUGCCCCCUGGUUUGUGAAUCACUCCUAAAUGACGUCAAACUAUAUCUGCUAAUAACUCAGUAUCUUUGAUGACCACAUGUAUCCGAGUGGUAAAAUUUGACAUAUGACACCUUGUUUAUGUGGGAUGCAAAAAUGAAAAGUAUCCCAAAUUUUCCAUUGCAACUUUCCAAUUAUACUCACAAAAUAUAAUAAUAGUGCCUUCCCACAAUCCCCUGUUAACGGGACAGUGGUAGUUAAGAAAUGAAGUCUCAGUAUUUGCAUCAAUCAAAGGUUAUCGGUUAGAAUAAACUAAAUGUAUGGUUUUCAUAGGAAGAACUCGACAAUUUAUAUUUUUUGUUGCCAUGACUGUAUAAGGUAUUUGUUAUGUUAUCGUUUUUUACAUAUAUUCUUCAAUAUAUAUUUUAUCUUCAGAAUUUCAAUUGAAGACAUAAAGUACAGAACAAAGUUAAACAAUUUAAGAUGUAGAAAUACAGAACAAUAUGGAUGAAUAACAAGCAACAUUAUACGAUUGAAUAUAGAGAUACAGAACAUAAAACGAUUGAAUAUGUAGAGAUAUAUAACAUGAAGCGAUUUAAAUCGUAUGAAUACAGAACAAGAUAAAACGAUUGAAUGUGUAGGAAUACAGAGCAACAUAAAACGAUUGAAUGUGUAGGAAUAAAGAACAUAAAACAAUUGAAUAUGUAGGAAUACAGAGUAACAUAAAACAAUUGAAUAUGAUGAGUUGCAAAACCUCAGAUGGGUUUCAUAGUCGUCCUUGAUUUUGAAGCCCGGUAAAAGUGUCUGAAGACGGGAAUGGCAAGUGCCCUUAGUGUUUUAGGCUUUUUCAAAUGCGCUUAAGCAAUUUGAUGAAAGGUUGAAUUAUGGAAUUGUAGCCUUAAAAAAGGAAUACUAGAGAUAGUUGAAGGCCCUACUUUGCUUCGCAGUCCUCCGCUUCGUUAGGUCUGACUCUGUUCACACAGAGUUCAGGAUCCCUACAAGGCCAUCAGGCGACUGCUGAAGGAAGUUUGAAUGUUCAUUCAUCUCCUUGAGCUCACUUCCCUGAUCCCUGAUAGCAGCGAGGAGAGCGGAGGCGCUAGCAUCACUGGACGUCCUCCCCUCCAGUGCUGCCCCAUGGCGGCCCUGUGCUGUUCGUUAGCUACACCAUGUUUCUCCUGUGAACUUG